UUUUGAGAACAUGUAUUUUCUUAACAGGGAUGUUAUUGUUUACCAUUAAUGUCAGUACUAUUUUUAUUUUAUUUUUUUCUUAAUAUAUUGUAAAAAGUGAUAUCUGUUGCUGGUCUAUGACCAUAAUAAAGUUGUUGUUGUUGUUAUUCUGAUUAGAGCAAUGUUUCUCUAUUUCACCAACUUAUAUCUGGCUGGACGUCAACUCCCAUGCUGGCUGGGGAAUUCUGGGAAUUGAAGUCCACACAAGUUUAAGUUAACCCUAAUAACACUGGAUUAGAGAAAGACUGACCCCUUAAACCACACCAAAUAUCCUGCUCAGCUAAAGCUUCCAUUUGAGUCUCCUUUGGCUUCCGCUUCUGGGAAGCGGAAGUUGAAACACAUUGUAAAAAUAAUAACCGAUCUAUCUUUCUUUCCAGGGACUGAGUUCGACCUUGCGACCCAGACUCAGGGUACAAGGCCCAGCUAGACCUCAAAUCUUAGCGAUGAUGUUUCCGUGCCAACGUCCAGCCUGUCCUGUGUCUUGCCUUUAUUCCAGAACCCUAUGCUUUAGCUGAGCUUGUUCUGAAGGAGGACCAGUUGCUUCGGUAACCAGGGAGUAGCCAGGACUCUUCCAUGUUGUCGUGGGCACCAUGUUGAACCCUCAUCGCCAGUCGGUGCUGACCAAUGCCUGUAUCAAGCCCUCCGUGGAUCCCAUUACUCGGACCCCCGGUACCAUUUAUGAACCAAAGGGGCAGGUCCGACUUUUGGGUCUGCUUUCAGAAAAUACCCCGUCGCAACAGGAGGAUUACCUGGAUGCUGGCGAUGGACUGCUCAUCUGUAUGAAACGUACUAAGAAAAAAGUCCUUCGCCCUCUCUUCAAGGGCUGCUGGGAACCCGAACAAACCGUCCCAGAUGUCAGUGAAGCCUCAGAUGCCGAGCCAGAUCAAGACGUAAAGAGGCAGCUGGAGCCUGCCCCUCCGGAGCAGAGCGAUGAACCAUCUCCUCCCGAAAACCCCAAAGUGUCAUCUCGCCAAGGCUCCUUCCCCUUUCACUGGAUGUGGGAGAGCUUUUCCAUCAAGGGCCAGACCAUCUGCCAAGACCAGGAUUUAGAGAAGUCCAAGAAGCUGACCUUGCCACGGGCUUCGACCGCCCCGCCCCGGGAGCCCCCUUACAACCCUGACACGGUCUUGGGCUGCCCCGCUCCCAAAGAGGGACCCUGCUUGGGGGUCCCCAAGUCUUCCAGAACGCCGGAGGUCCCUUGCAGCAGAGCCCAGAGGUACCUGCCCCACACGAGCUUGGUUCCUAGGAGCUCUCUCUUGCCCCUCUUUUGGAAGAUGGAGGCCCGGUCAGAAGCCCGGAAGCGGCAGAUGCGCCAGGAACGUCGCCGUUGGCUGAAUCUCACUCAGCAGCUGCUGAACCUGGAAGGGCAGCGUCUCUCGCGGGAAAAGCUCCUCUCACUGGAGGAGUUAGAGGAGAAACUCCGAGCGGAGAUGCUCUGCUUAGCCACGGAGCCCGAAGAGCCGGGCCCUCAGAAGGAGAAAAGAAAAGCCAAGACGCGCGGCCCCACGCCCAAGGAGGAGCUGAGCUUCAAGCCAGUCAUUAAUCAGAAGGUGCCCAACUUCAAGCAGCUGCAAAGGCGCUUCCAAGAACAGCUGGAGCAGAAGAAAGAGCAAGGAAAACUGACCAUCUGCAAGCCGUUCCACCUUCAUUCCAGUAACUCUCAGCCUCUUUCGGAAGACCAGGAAAAGAAAGACCAAGGAGAUUCAUUUCAAGACUUCCGGCGGCUUUGGGGGAUCUACUGGAGGGCCCAGUCUUGCCCCGAUUUUGAACCGUCCAUGGCGCCUCAGGUGAUGUCCACCAAGACAGCGGAUAAAAGACAGGAAGCCAACAGGUUGCUUUUGCUGGAGUGGGAACGUCGAGAGCAGCAGGAGAAACGCCGGGCUGAGCUGCGCAGAUUGAAGGCGCAACACAUGCAGCGGGAAGUCGCCAAAUGCCUGGCGACUUACCAGAAUAAAGGACGGUCCUCCGCGUCUGUCCAGAGAAGGCGGGAAGAACUCAGGAGGCAAGAGAAACAGCGCAUGGAGGAAUACAUGAUCCAGCUGCAGGAGAUCCAAGAUCGUGUGGAGAGCCGCCCGUAUCUGUUUGAGAGAGUUAUGCAGACAAAUGCCCGCCAGGCAGUGGAGCGCCGUUUCUCCAAAGUGUUGGCCGCCCUGGGCAUCGAUGAAGAAAUGCUGUGGAAGCAUGCUGCACGGCAGUCUUUAGGCAAAUAUGGCGUCAAAGACAUGUAUCCGAGCACCGAGUCCGUAGAAGAGUUCCCCAAAUCAAUCUGAAAGGAAGAUAGACUGCCUAGAGGAAGCCAACACACCUGGGCCAGCAGCUGACGCUGCCACCUGUAAUCGUAGACCAUCUAAAAAUAAAUCUUAACGUUGAGAAGCAGCAGAGCCCAGCCGGCCUUUAUAUCCCUGACGGGGAGAAGCAUUACUAAGCCUGCAGACAGGUUCCCAAGAGCUGCAUCUUCUAUCCCUAGGCCAGUUCCACCGUCUUCUCUUCUAACUCAGAUGUCCCCAACCUUUGGGGCACCACGGACCGGAGGGGGCGUGGUUUUGUGUGCUGCCUGCAUCCCGCGGAUGGGGCUUUGCUUGUUUGUGUGGACCGGUGGCUGCCCUUGG